AUGCGACUUUUGGACGACGACGUGUCUGAGACUUCGACAUCGUCAACAAGCAGUCCACUGCUGACUCCUACAUCUACGGAAUUCUUUGAAUCCUAUCCAUCGCCUAUGCAAACUCCAUAUUCAAGUGUUCCGGAUGUUUCAGAUCUCAUUCAAGCAGUCAACCGGCGAUUGGGUGGUGCAAAUGGGUUUACUCGAUGUCCCCUUUGCCCACGCAGACGUACGCGCACAUUCGGUCCUGGGGCCCUCCAGCAACACUUAUCGUCAGGCUUUCAUUCCAAGACACUCCCAACAACCGUGGUCCUGAGGCAGCAGCACAAGGAAACCUCCAAAAACAUUCUCGACCGUGAGCGGUUUGGCACAGCAUGUUGA